AUGACUGGUGAUCGGAGCAGUGGGAUACAUUUUAGUAGACUUUACUCAUUUUCGUUAAUGCGUUCCAUUUUCAGAAAUGAGCAUAGCCAAAUUGGGCAGAAAGGUUAUUCGAGGGUUGUGUAUUGCAAUGAUCCUAAUAAUCCAAAGCAGCUUCAGCUUAAGUAUAGUAGUAAUUAUGUGUCUACGACGAAGUACACGGUGCUUACUUUUGUUCCCAAGUCGUUAUUCGAGCAGUUUCGGAGGGUUGCAAACAUUUAUUUCCUUCUUGCAGCUCUUCUCUCGUUUAGUCCAAUGGCACCUUAUUCAGCUUCCAGUACUCUUGUUCCAUUGUUGGUGAUGAUUUCAGCGACGAUGAUAAAGGAAGGGGUUGAAGAUUGGAGGCGUAUGAAGAAGGAUAUUGAGGCUAAUAAUCGGAAAGUGAAAGUUUAUGGUAGAAAUCAUAAUUUUGAAGAAACCAGGUGGAAAAAACUACAAGUCGGUGAUCUUGUCAAGGUAGACAAGGAUGAAUAUUUUCCUGCAGAUCUGUUUCUGCUUUCAUCGAGCUAUGAGGAUGGGAUUUGUUACGUUGAAACUACAAAUCUAGAUGGUGAGACUAAUCUCAAGGUGAAGCAUGCUUUAAACGCUACAGCUGGUCUGCAUGAUGACCAUUCCUUUCUGCAUUUCAAGGCAUUGAUCAAGUGUGAGGACCCAAAUGAGGAUCUUUAUUCAUUUGUUGGAACUCUGUGUUAUGAAGGUCAGCAGCACCCACUUUCUCUACAACAGAUUCUUUUAAGAGAUUCUAAACUUCGGAAUACAGGCUGUGUCUAUGGUGUGGUUGUUUUUACCGGUCAUGAAACAAAAGUUAUGCAGAAUGCUACAGAUCCUCCUUCUAAGAGGAGUAAGAUUGAGAGAAAGAUGGAUAAGAUAAUAUAUAUCCUUUUUAGUACUUUGGUUUUAAUAUCAUUUUUUGGUUCUAUCUUUUUCGGGAUUGAGACUAAGAAUGACAUUCGUGAUGGGAAGUCAAAGAGGUGGUAUCUCCGACCAGACAAAUCAACUUUCUUAUAUGACCCAAAAAGAGCAGAACUGACUGCAUUCUUUCAUUUUUUGACUGGGCUUAUGUUGUAUGGAUUUUUGCUACCAAUAUCAUUGUACGUGUCCAUUGAAAUUGUAAAGGUUUUACAGGGUAUAUUCAUUAAUCAAGACCAAGAUAUGUAUUAUGAGGAAACUGAUAAGCCAACACGUGCUCAAACAUCUAAUUUGAAUGAGGAACUUGGUCAGGUAGAUACUAUACUCUCUGACAAGACUGGCACCCUGACAUGCAACUCAAUGGAGUUUGUUAAGUGUUCAAUAGCGGGAAUCAGUUAUGGAUGUGGUAUGACAGAAGUAGAGAGGGCUAUAGCUAAGAGAAAAGGGAAUGUACUACCUGAGGUUGGAUAUACUUCCCCUGAUAUACAGAGCUUUAAAGAUGUGUACAUGGACUCCGGAAAAUCAUGCAAAGGUUUCAACUUUAAAGAUGAGCGAGUUAUGAAUGGUAAAUGGGUUCAUGAAUCUCAUGCAUAUGUAAUACAGAAGUUCUUUAGAGUUUUAGCUCUUUGCCAUACAGCCAUUUCGAACAUCGACCAAGAAACAGGUGAAAUAUCAUAUGAGGCCGAGUCACCAGAUGAAGCUGCUUUUGUCAUAGCUGCAAGGGAGCUUGGCUUUCAGUUUUUUGAAAGGACGCAAACGACCAUCUCUUUGCAUGAAUUAGAUUAUGAGAGUGGCCAAAUAAUUGACAGAACAUACAAGCUUCUUCAUGUCUUAGAGUUCAGCAGUGCUCGGAAAAGAAUGUCUGUAAUUGUAAAGAAUGUUGAGAAUCAACUGUUGCUCCUGUGCAAGGGCGCAGACAGUGUUAUGUUCGAAAGGCUUGCAAAGGAUGGACGAGUUUUUGAGGCUGCCACAAGGGAUCAUAUUAAAUACUAUGCUGAAGCAGGUUUACGGACUUUAGUAGUUGCAUACAGAGAGUUGGGUGAAGAAGAGUUUAAAUCGUGGGAAGAUGAGUUUCUGGAUGCCCAGGCUUCAGUAACUGCUGAUCGAGAUGUAUUGGUGGAUGCAGCUUCUGAUAAGAUUGAAAGGGAUUUGAUUCUCCUUGGUGCUACAGCUGUAGAGGACAAACUGCAAAAUGGGGUUCCCGAAUGCAUUGAAAAGCUUGCAAAUGCUGGAAUUAGGAUUUGGGUUGUCACAGGUGAUAAGAUGGAGACAGCAAUAAAUAUUGGGUACGCUUCUAGCUUACUGAGACAGGAUAUGGAGCAAAUUGUAAUCACCUUAGAUACUCCAGAGAUAAAUAACUUGGAAAAACAAGGUGAUAAGGAGGCUAUUGCAAAGGCUUCAAGUGCAAGCAUAACAAAGCAAAUAAGAAAAGGAAAAUCACAACUCAGUUCAGCAAAAGAAAGUCCUGUCUCUUUUGGUUUGAUAAUCGAUGGGAAGUCAUUAUCUUUCGUUCUCGACAAGAAUCUGGAGCAUGCGUUUUUGGAGAUUGCGAUUAGUUGUGCAUCUGUGAUAUGCUGCCGCUCCACACCUAAACAGAAAGCUCUUGUUACGAGAUUGGUGAAAAUGGGAACAGGCAAGACAACAUUAGCAAUUGGGGAUGGGGCAAAUGAUGUAGGCAUGCUUCAAGAGGCUGAUAUUGGGGUCGGGAUCAGUGGCGUAGAAGGCAUGCAGGCUGUGAUGUCUGCUGAUUUUGCCAUAGCGCAGUUCAGGUUUCUCGAACGUCUUCUGUUGGUUCAUGGCCACUGGUGUUAUAGGCGAAUAUCUAUGAUGGUAUUCUACUUCUUCUACAAGAACAUUGCUUUUGGGUUCACUCUAUUCUGGUUUGAGGCAUAUGCUGCCUUCUCUGGCCAACCUGCUUAUAACGAUUGGUACAUGUCACUCUACAAUGUAUUCUUCACUUCUCUUCCUGUGAUUGCUCUUGGAGUUUUUGAUCAGGAUAUCUCUGCUCAGCUUUGCCUUCAGUAUCCUUUGUUAUACCAAGAAGGAGUGCAUGGCAUGCUCUUCAGUUGGAUGCAUAUUCUCGGCUGGAUGUUAAAUGGUGUUAUUAGUUCGAUAUUCAUCUUCUUCUUCACCACCAACUCUGUCCUACAUCAGGCUUUCCGUAGAGAUGGCCAUGUUGUUGAUUUUGAGGUCCUUGGGGUUAUGAUGUAUGUUUGUGUCAUAUGGACCGUGAACUGUCAAAUGGCACUAUCUAUUAACUACUUCACCUGGAUCCAUCAUUUCUUCAUCUGGGGUAGCGUUGCCUUUUCUUAUGUAUUUCUACUGGUCUAUGGUGCUAUGUCGCCUAUAAUAUCUACAACUGCCUACCAGGUUCUUGUGGAAGCCUGCGCUCCAAGGCUUUUCAGAUUCAGUUUCGUCCUACAUACCGUGACAUUAUUCAAAGACGAAGCUUGGAAGGUUCGGAGACAAAAUUCUGUGGAUUUGAGACACGGAAGAGAACAGAUCGCAUGA